CCGGUGAUCCCGCUUUACUUUCUCCGUCCAGCAGCUCCAGACUCAGUAGCAGCCCUCCGGUAAGAGGUUUACCUGGCCGGAGCUCAGCUGGAUUUUACCGCAGGACUCCACAGAGGUUAUUUCCAGCAGAAUGUCGGAGCGACGCUUCAGUUUUUAGAUCUACAGUGUUUUGAUGUCACAUUCCUGAAGCUUCUGGAGGACGAAGCAGCGGCGGCAGAACCGACUCUUCGUCCCUGAGCGUGUUUGGAAGCGACGAGGACUCGCUGUUUGCUUUGAUAUGGCUUUUCUGUGUACGAGAGGAAGCUGAUCUGAGGUCAAGGCCUUCGUCCUCUCCCCCAGAGUCACAUGUCAGCGUGAGGCUCUACCCCCGGGUUGCUAUCGCUACUCUGACCGACCGACAUACUUGUUAGCUCACUUGGAGAAGCAGCUGGGAGACGACAGAGACAAGAGUUUGCUGUGGAGGUGUUGAUUCUGUUUUGGAGCUGUUAGAUCGCCUCAACAUGCCGGCAAAGACGCCUAUGUACCUGAAAACUACGACUCCCAAGAAAGGGAAGAGGCUGAAGCUGCGUGACGUCCUGUCGGGCGACAUGAUCAGCCCGCCGCUGGGCGAUGUCCGCCACAGCGCCCAUGUCGGACCCGAGGGCGAAGGCGACAUGUUCGGAGAUGUGGGCUUCCUGCAGGGUAAGAUGGACAUGCUGCCGUCGCUGAGCCGGGCCCAGAAUGGACACUCGCGCUCGUACAGCGUCGAGCGACACAUGGACGACGACUUCGGAUCCAAACAUGACCCCAACAGCUACGCCUACAACGGCUUCCACUACCAGCACUCGGCCAGCGGGCUCCUGAAGACCACCGUGUCCAUGCCGGUCUUCAUCGCCCACGAACAGGCUCCACCCAAACCCCCACGACUCCACCUGGACGACCCCUCGAACCAGAACCACCACCAGAACCACCAGCAGCCCGCAGACGGCAGGCACAAACAGACCAACGGUGUCACCCAGCAGCACCCAACUCUGUCUCUCUGUGAGAACGGCGUUGUGGGUCGCCUGGCGUCAGAACCCUGCCGGGACAUCUCCCUCUCGCCGGCCAUCCGGAAGCUGGUUCCGUCCUCCGGUUCCUUCUCCGAGGUCUCCUCUGAGGACUCCAUGUCGGAGACCUGCGGGCCCCUGGACGUCCGUCGGGGCCUCAGCCUCGACUCAGACGCCGGUCUGAGCAACGAGGACCUGAGGAGCGAACGCAGCGAGUCUCCGUGUGCCGCCUUUGUCCCCGCUGCUCUCACCGCCUCCUCCACCGUGGCGCGGUCCGACUCCAUGAUGGGGUUGGACCUGGAUCUGGGCCCGUCCAUCCUGGAGGACGUCCUGAGCAUCAUGGACAGAUACAAGACCGAGGACAACCGCUGUGAGCUGUGAUCAGCACAGAUCAACGAGACACUAAGAUAUUUUUAUACAUGGUUUAAUAUAUCCUUUAAUAUAAAAACAACAAAGCAGGGACAGAAACUGCUGAUUUAAAGGUAAUGAAAGACUUUAAAGGAGGAGAAGUGUUUAUUUUUAAGUGCUGCUGCUCAACACGACGAUAACCGAGGCAACGGGCUGGUCCUUAGAGCCUUCACGAAGCUCAACUACUCCUGUAAACAUUAAACUGUGAGAUAAGGAGCAGAAAUAUUAUCAGAAGCCUUCCGUCUCUGUGGAUGAAAACACUGAACCUACUGUCGAUGCGAGGGUUUUCUGCUGGUUAAUGGUUAACAAAUCGUCAACAGACUCAGAUAUUAACGUCUCAACAUCGAUCCGGGAAAAACUGCAGCUGCACAGAAUCACUACUUCUUCCAGCCGAGGAUUUACACUUUAUUUAUGCAGUAGAAGUCAAACAAAGCAGAACUGCACGAUAUAAUCAGUCUUAACAUGUUGAUUUCAGGACAGACGUUUGUUCAUGAUUCGACUGUCCUUCAACAGCUGAUGGUCACUUUCUGCCAUCUAGUGCUGCUUCUGAGAACAGCAGCAACAUUUCACCGACACCUUUCCUUCAAUGAUCAGAGACGUUUGUUCUUGUCAUUUAAAAAAAGCUUUACGUGUCAGAAAAGGGCUGUUUUAUGCAGAUGAUCUUCAGAUCUUUUCUAAAACACUCUUCCUCCGUGUCGUGGCUCGUUGUCGGCCUCCAAACACUCACUGUCUGCGUAUCACAGUAGCCUAUUAUUCAAAUGUCAUUUAUGCUGUAUAUAACUCUGUAAAUGUCAAAAUAAAAUGUUUCCUACAAAGAAAA